UAUAAUCCUACAUCCUGUUUGUAUUGUGACAAGUGACAUUUGAGUUCUAACACAAAUGUGGCCCUGCAAGUUUGUUUAAUUUACUCAUUUAUCGUAUUAAGUUUCACCACAACAAGUAACUGUGUAUAAUAAUGUCAUAAGUGCGUCCAUUAAGUCUUCCACACCAUUCCGUAAGGUUUGAAACCUAAGUUAACUUACGGCUGUGAUAAGAUAUUUAGGAUGCCCGAUAUCAAGAUAACCCCGCUGGGAGCGGGACAGGACGUCGGAAGGAGUUGCAUCUUGUUGUCGAUGGGAGGUAAAAACAUCAUGUUGGAUUGCGGCAUGCACAUGGGUUAUAAUGAUGAGCGUCGUUUUCCUGAUUUCUCUUAUAUUGUUCCCGAGGGACCUAUCACUAGUCAAAUUGACUGUGUCAUAAUAUCUCACUUCCAUUUGGACCACUGCGGCGCCCUCCCCUACAUGUCAGAGAUGAUUGGAUAUACAGGCCCGAUAUACAUGACUCAUCCAACUAAAGCUAUAGCUCCAAUACUCCUCGAGGAUAUGAGAAAAGUUGUUGUUGAACGUAAAGGCGAAUCUAACUUCUUCACGUCUCAGAUGAUCAAGGAUUGCAUCAAAAAGGUGACAGCAGUCACUCUCCACCAGUCGGUGAUGGUUGAUAAUGAGUUAGAGAUUAAGGCUUAUUAUGCUGGGCAUGUGCUUGGUGCUGCCAUGUUCUGGAUCCGAGUGGGUUCUCAGUCUGUAGUGUACACUGGAGAUUAUAACAUGACUCCUGACCGGCACUUAGGAGCUGCAUGGAUUGAUAAAUGCAGACCUGAUUUGCUUAUAACAGAAUCUACUUAUGCCACAACAAUCAGAGAUUCAAAACGAUGCCGCGAGAGAGAUUUUCUGAAAAAAGUCCAUGAAUGUGUUGAAAAAGGAGGCAAAGUAUUAAUACCUGUUUUUGCACUAGGAAGAGCUCAAGAAUUGUGUAUUUUACUAGAGACUUAUUGGGAGAGAAUGAAUUUAAAGUACCCAGUGUACUUUGCCCUUGGCCUAACUGAAAAAGCAAAUAACUAUUAUAAAAUGUUUAUUACAUGGACCAACCAAAAGAUCCGGAAGACAUUUGUACAAAGAAAUAUGUUUGACUUCAAACACAUUAAACCAUUUGAUAAGUCAUACAUAGAUAAUCCUGGGGCAAUGGUGGUGUUUGCGACCCCAGGCAUGCUUCAUGCCGGUCUAUCUUUGAACAUAUUUAAGAAAUGGGCACCAUAUGAGCAAAACAUGGUUAUAAUGCCAGGUUUCUGUGUCCAGGGGACGGUUGGGCACAAAAUCUUGAAUGGAGCCAAAAAGAUUGAAUUUGAAAAUCGACAGGUUGUGGAAGUGAAAAUGGCUGUAGAAUACAUGUCAUUUUCAGCACACGCUGAUGCAAAGGGCAUAAUGCAGUUAAUACAGUACUGUGAGCCUAAGAAUGUUCUGUUGGUGCAUGGUGAAGCUUUGAAAAUGGAGUUCUUGAAGGAGAAAAUUGAGAAGGAAUUUAAAAUCAGCUGUUUCAUGCCUGCGAAUGGUGAAACAUGUACUAUAAACACACCAACUAAGAUACCAAUUGAUGUAUCACUUAGGUUGUUGAAGGCUGAAGCUGUGAGGUAUAAUGCAUUGCCUCCAGACCCUAAGAGGAGGAGAGUGGUCAAUGGCAUUCUCUGUGUCAGAGACAACAGGCUCUCCUUGCUUGAUAUAGAUGAGAUGUGUGACGAAAUAGGAAUAAACAGACACAUCAUUAGGUUCACAAGCACAGUCCGUCUCGAGGACCCAGGGCCAGCGGUAAAAACAGCAGAGAAACUGAAGAAUUUAUUGUCAGAGAAGUUAGAAGGCUGGACUAUCACCAUAUCUGAUGGAAACAUAUCAGUGGAGUCAGUACUUAUAAAAGUAGAGGGUGAGGACGACAGCACCAAAAACAUUUAUGUUUCUUGGACAAACCAAGAUGAAGAUCUAGGAAGUUAUAUUUUAGGAUUGUUGCAGUCAAUGGUUCAGUAAUCCAUUAGGUAUAAGAUUUUUUUUGUUUCAUAAUUUUAAUAAAUUAGUUUUAUGUAAUA